UAUGUGAUUGUCCUAGACUACUGAUACAAAGUCACGAAAACUCUUUCAUUUUUAAAACAAAUGAUAAUUCAUCCAUAAAAUUUUGGAAUUUCACACUCAUUUAACUGUUUAUUACUUGUUCAUUUUCUUAUCGAAAUGACAUCUUCAACCAAUGAAUCGGGCAUUGAUCUCGAUUAUGAUCUUAAUGAACAUCAGCGAUUUGAUUUUGAGGUAGCAACUCCUAAUGCUGAUUAUUUUAUAAGAUCUACGGCAAGUUCCAGUACUACUACGAGUGCCAACGUUAACACUAACACCAAUUCAAUGUUUUAUACACUGAAAAGUAGAACACCACCCGAAAGUUCUGUGGAUCUGAAAACUGCUGCCAUAAUGAGUCGUACCAACCUUAAACAACAGUUGAUGCGAGAACAGAUGCAACAGUUAAAACAGAAAGAAGCACUAGUUCAACCAAAGAUACUUUCAUCUUCUGCUCUUACAACAGCUGCAAUUAAAGUACCAUUAGCAACCUCUGCAGUUGGUCUCUCUGUACCUCGUCAAGUGCUACAAGUCCAGACUCGAUUAGAAAACCCCACAAAAUACCACGUUUUGCAGAGCCAGAGAAGACAAGUACAACAAUAUAUAAGUAAUACUCAUGGGACUACUCACCCACAAAUUCAUACUUGGUCUCAUGCCCCAAAUGUAGGAAGCUGUGAUCCAAGUCCCGACAGCCCAUCACCUAUCCUACCUAGCAGUUCUGCACCCACUAGCAUAUCAGAGCUGGAUGAAUUCUGGGAUGAUUUUAGUAAUUUAGGAGCUGAAGGUGUAGGAGGUGAUCUCAACUUUAUUGAAUUAAAGCCAUCUCUCAAUCUGCCAUCAAUGAUGACUGGAGCUGAAAGUUUACUAGAUUUGUUUUCUGUGGGACAAGCUAAAUCACCAGCAUCAUGCUCAUCUGACCUAGCUAGUGUUAAAGAAGAACCAUUGUCCCUUUCUGAUGAUCAAAUUCAGGCAUUAGCAAAAGAAAGACAGAAGAAGGACAAUCACAACAUGAUUGAAAGACGACGGAGGUUCAACAUCAAUGACCGGAUCAAAGAGCUAGGAACUCUCCUACCUAAGAACAAUGACCCCACAAUUGGACAUCUUAAAUCUAGAAAACUCUGUUGCAGCCAUUUUGAUCUGGUUCGUGACCUCCGACAAAAUAAGGGCACAAUUCUUAAGGCCUCAGUGGACUAUGUGCGAUGCUUGAAGAAAGAAGUCAGUAAAAUACCUCGCAUGGAAGAACGACAGAAACAGUUAGAGCACCAGAACAGAAAGUUACUUCUUAGGAUUCAGGAAUUGAAGAUCCAGCUUCGUUCUCAUGGCAUUCAAGUUACAGAUACCGUUUGGCAGUCAUCACAAGAAACUGAUCUCAACUCCCUCAUUAAGCAAGAGCCUAUCCCACCAAAUAUGCUUUUGAACAAUCCUGGUACAAGCAACACUUAUAUUAAUGGAAACAUGCAUGUAUCCACAAUAGACUUGGACUUGUUAGGACUGAAUGUAAAUCAGGAACCACAUGUAAGUCCUGCUCCCAGCCCCAGUUCUGGGCUGAGCUCAGCCCACAGUGCAAGCCCUAGUAAUCCUCUUGGACAUUAUAAUGACAUGAUGAUGGAUGAUCAUAUGCUUCCUGUGAAUGAUGAUCCUUUUCUGUCUUCUCACCAUGUGGGAGAAGAAGCUCUUUCCACUGAUCACAUGGAGUUUCUUCAGUAGAAUCUUAAAGUUUGACUGCAAAGCAUAAUCCUUGCUUUAUUUGUGACAUAAAUCAUGACCUGGAAUUCAUACUAUGUCUUUAGUAACUUUCUCUCUUUGUGACCAGAAGCUUCAUAUGCCACUGGUUUAUCAUGUUUCAUUUAUCAUUUAACUUUUUAAUGCCAAAGUUGACUGGGCAUUAGUAGUCAAGUGUGCAUCUUCUCUGCUUUUGUUUUUAGUUUAUGGUGGCGAGUAAAGUGAACAGGUUAAAAUAAGUAACCUAACCUGUAUUCUAUAAAACUAUUGACAGCUUCUAACAUACUACUAAUAUACUAAUCUUGAGGUCUGAGGACAUUUCAGAGCUUAGUGGUCUGACUAAGAAGAGAUAUGAAUGAAUCUUCUUUUUUCCUUGAAGCAAUAUUAGAAAAGAGGACAGAGGUAAAGAUAUGGCAAAAAUUUGAACAUUUAGAUAACUAAGCUGAUAUUCAAGAUGUCAUGAACUGUUUAUUCUAGAAGACAAGAUAUAUAUAUAAAAUUGAUAACUGAUUCUGAAGCUGUCCAUUGCCUUACACUAUUUGUACAAGUUUCUCUUAGGAAUAUUUCCACUUGUAUCACAUAGUUAUUUUAUGUAUAUAUAUGUAUGUGUGUGUGUGUGUGUGUGUGUGUGUGUAUUUUAAAGCAUUUCUAGCCAGAGAUUUUAAGAGAAUCUAUGCAGUCGCUUAUCUAAAUAUAACACACAUACACAAAGAUAUGUAUGUUGAAGAUAUUGUUGUCUGCACUGUAAAGGUAAUUGACUCUCUCAUGCAAGAAGGUAUUCUUUUGUAUCUGAUUUUGACAUUGUUUUUUACAUCAGUUAUCUUCAUGUUAGCAGUCAACUUGUUUCUAAGUUAUGUAAGGAGACUGAAGGAUAUUAUAGGAUAAUUCAGCAUGAGUUGUUGCAUCAUGUUAAUCUCUCUUAUUACUUUCUAUAAAAAAAAUUCUUUAUGAGUGAAGAUUUGUGACUUAUUCAUUUUUUUAUGCAUGUACAUGGUCCAACUAUUCUUGUAUCUAUGUAAGCAUAAUGUGUUUUUUAUGAAGUAGUUUAAUGGAAAGUAACUAUGAAUUUUGUUUUUUUCUCAUAAUUUUCCAAAAAUGGAAAAAUUACAAUUCACUGUUCAGAUUUUGCAACUCACUUUCCUGUCAAAAUGCUAAGGAAGAUGAUUAAUAGCUUAUUUAUAUAAACCUCAAAAUAAAAAACAAUGUGUUGUUACCUCUUUCAUAUCACAUAAAAUAAAUAUGUUUCUAAAAUAGUUUCAUUAUGUUAUGGAUACACUUGCUAGCACACGUAGCAAUGAUAUGAAUGUGAGUGGACCAACUGACUCAGAUUUAAAGUUGAUCUUGCAGUUCUUUAGGACUUCCAAAAAUCAAGUCUGUGGCUAAGUGAUUUUUGAGUCUGGUUGCUUGUAGUGUGUCUUAUAUAUGAAUCGUAAAAAUUCUGAAUACAAAUAAACGUUAUGACAUUUA